AUGCAUCAGCACGAGGUUAAGGAUGAACUCAAGGAAAGCAAUUCUGGGGAUCUGAAAGCGACCGCAUCGAACCGCAAUCCGAAAUGCACGCGCUGUAGAAAUCACGGCAUUUUGUCCGAUCUUCGAGGUCAUAAACAUCAAUGCCGUUUCAAAGACUGUACAUGUAUGGACUGUAGAACUGUGGCUGAACGACAGCGUCUUACGGCUGCAAGGAUUGCUUUAUUCAGGCAACAAAAAGGCAAUGAAGCGGACAUGAUUGUAAACACGCCAGAGCUAGAUCAGAUGGAGUCCAGUCUUUUGAACGGAUGGGUGGAAGGAGAGGAACACCGAGAAGGUCAGUAUUUCAAACAUCAUACCUAAUAAAAUGUUCGACUUAUACCACAAUUCUUUUACCUAACUGAUUGCAUCCGCCAACUGAAUUUUACUUUGCAAAAAACUGAAACAAGAAAUUCGUCUGAGACUCGGACGUUUCGAGAUAACUGAUAGUGAAAUAUGAUAGAAGCUUCAAUACCUUUUCUAUUUAAUAAAUAUUUAUGACAAAUUAAAAUUUGAAAUUGCAAAGGCAUAUCUAGGGUUUUUUUUGGCAAGAAAGCGUUAUUGAAAUUUGUUUCACAAGCGAUAAUGCUGCAAGCUUAAAGUCACAGAGGCAACUAUAAGCUUGUGUCUCUUGCGCUAAUGCCCACAAACCUCGUACUCCUUUGCCCAGUUCAGGAAAGAUUUCUAAUAAUUGUGCGUUUACAAGCGACGCUCGCCAAAACCAACUUUCAUCGGUAAAACACCAGUUAUUUGUCUAAUCGAUUAAUUUCAUCAAAGUUUUAUUCACAGCCUGACUGUCAAUCAGUUGAAUGAAAAAUAUUUCAGAUCCAGGAAGAUUAAAUCAAAUGACUUCAGAGGGCACCCCUUUUGGACAUUUCCCGUUACAAAUCACCGAAUUGUCUUUUCACAGGACAUAUUUUCUCUCCUAGUCUGGUAAUCGGGACCUUUGGAAAAGACCUUCCCAUUAUUGUGAAACAAAUUCUGCUCCUCAUAUUUCACUUACUUUUAUAACGCACGGUUUCUUAUUUAACAAUUUUCUCCGUCUUUUCGGCCGAGUUUAACAACUGUUGCGAAAGAACUUUGAUGGUGCCAGAAGCAAGUUAAUAUGUCAAAACAAGACAAAAUCGAUCUGACGGAAUUCUUGAUACAGUGAGUAAACAUCCCUUUUCACUAUUUCUGCGCAAGCUGUAACAUUUCCGGCCGUUUCUCUCGGAAGCUCAGUAAGACGUUGUAAAUAAACCAAUAGAAAUCCCACAGUCAAUUUAAGGGACAGGUAUUAUCAUCUCUCUUUGGGACAAUAUUUACCGUUAAAUUGCUACAAUAGGAAUAUCAUCAAAUAUGAAAUGAAGUUUUUGAUCAGAUUGUACGCUGUAGAGGUGUCUUUUUAGAAGACGGAAAUAUGUUCGCGUUCUCCGGAACAGCCUUUGUUUUUUGUACCGAAGAUCAUCUCUUUCAAUUAAAUAAGUUUGCCGAUGCACAUAGAAGAAGCCAUAUUUGCGUACAGUAAUGAAACCACCCAUGUCUGAAACGCAAAUCGUUUCCUUCCAAAAAGGACUUUAAAAAGUAUGUUAUAUUUCUUUUUCUUUCUCCCGGUUGAAGCAAACUUUUUCAAGAUUUCAAGUUGAUCAGGUUACUAUUAUUCCGUUGUGUAAACUCCAACAUGGAUUAAAUAAUUACUUUCAGUUUGCCGCAUCUCGCGCUUUACAGUUAAACAAUGCACAUCUGCUUACGUCGGCACUUUUUAAAUUUUAAUUUCAGAUUCUCUUUUCCUUCUCUCAUCUUUCCCGGUAAGGCGGCUUUUGAAAAAACAAACCAUUUUGUGUUAGAAGAUUAGAAAGCCUUUAUCAGAUUUCUGAUCAACACAUGAAAGCUUGUGAAAAAAAGGUUCAGUUUAAAUUUUCUUCCUUCUGUAAGUGUCAAGACUUUUUGUCUUUUCACAGCUGUUUGUUGUAAAUUUGUGUUUUCAAUACACAACAUGGCCUCUUCCUUUCAUAGUGAAACUAGUUCUUUUGGAGUUUUGGACGUAAAGUACCGCCCUUAACUGUAAUCAACCUUUCAAUUGUAAGUUAUUCUUUUCAUCUUUUUAAAGGUAAGAUCCUUUGUUCGCGUUUCUGUGCUACAACUAAGAAACAGCGCCAAAAAAUUUGGAACAAUACAAGCGACAGGCCGCUAAUUAAAGGCACGCUUCAUUGCUUUGGUCAUUUUCAAAAAAAGAGAAGCGAAAAUAAGAAACGCAUAAUUCUUAAGGAAAAACAGAAAAAUGAAACACCAUAAACAAGGCAGUACGUGCUGGCUGAAAACGUCCAAGUCAUGGACCGACAUAGCAACGUUUUCAAAACGUUUCCGAAGUUGUUCACAUCCGUAAUCAAGACAUAUUGUUCUACAAUCCCUUUAUCGUGUAAUUGGUUAGAAUCACAUGUAAAGAACAAAAGCGAGGCAUUCCUUAAGUUCCUAUAGCAAUAAAGGUGUUUGCUUUGUGAAAUUAAAAUUUUAUUAAUUAUAAAUCUGUACAGAAACGUCGCUUGCCGAAACCGUGAGAACUCACCAACACGGUGUGCCCCAAACAUAGUUUUCGCGAUCAAGGCGUUGCAAUGAGCUUAGUGGGGAAUCGAAGUCAUUUUACAAAUCGAUACGGUCAAUUGUGGGAAACGAGACAUAGUUUUUCGCCUGGUAAGCUUAUACGUAAUAGUCUUCUAAAAUCAUAGUGUAUUUCUUAAGAGUUUGCUCAAGCCUAACAAUGAACGUAAAUUAAGGAAAAUUGUUUUUAGCUUCCGCUGUACUCACUCGAAAUCGGUUUUCUUACUUUCCAAAGAAGUGUAGUUGUAUCCCAGAGAGUAAAUGGAACAAACGCAAGUUUUAAAUAUAUAGAGCUUCUUUUGAUGAUUUUUCUCUCCUACGUAUUGCUUCGCCAGCGAAAUGCCCGGCCUUUUCCAGUUCAGCAUAUGUAAUACACCGACGAUUGAAAACUUAUUCGUGGCUAGCGAAGCACAGUGUAUUUUAACGAUAGCCAUAUGCUUAAUAAUUUUAGGACAAAAAAUGAACUUUUAUUUGGCUCUUCCGUUGCUUGCACUUUAGAGUUUAAGACACCGAGGAUAACUCUCUCUUUCUUAAUGUUAAAUUUUAUGGAAAUAUGUUUAUAGACAAAAAGAUUUGUGGCUGUGACAUGAAGCCCAGAAAUUGUGGUUUCAAAACUGAGUUUGUUAGUUGUAGUUUUACUUCAACGUUUGCUUCAGAGCGAAUAUCUUUAACGGGCAAACAGAAAAUGAAAAUGAGGCCACCGAUAACAGACGUAGAAGAAUGCCAUUGAUUCUGUUUAACCGAAUAUCAUUCAGUUUAAAAUACUGUGUUUUAAAACUGUAACUGUUUUAUUUCUGAGCACGUCUUGUAUGUAGGAUCGCUCAAAUUAUACAAAAAUAAACUAACUUUCCAACACGAAGUAUAUAAUAUUCUGCUUUUUUAUCCGCCGCAAGGUGUUACAAACCUGAAAGCAAGGUGUGUUCAAGGAUGAAACUGCUGCAGCUGGUCCACCAAGGUCUAAUUAGUUUUUGUGACCAGGAUGUUUAAAAUUGUUUUAACUUUUUGUGAAUCAGGAUGUUUUCUUUGUACGAUAAGAGUUAAAACAAAAAUAAAACAAAUUUCCAAACUGAUCUCUACUUUUCUUCAUGAAUGAGUUGAUCUAUUAAAAGAAAUUUUCAAGACCGCGUUGUUCUUUAACCUAAUCUCUUGACAUUGUAUGGAUAUCCUUAGGAGAAAUUUGACGUUAGUCACUAUUGGGACUUAAUGGGUUAUUAUACGCUUGUUUUACCCUUUCUAUACUCAUCUCUGAUUGCGUAAUUAUGGAGUUGCUUUUGGGAGAGUUCACGGUAGACACAUGUACUCAUGGCGGACCUAUUUUUAUGACCCUUUUUUUCUCUUGGUAUCUUUCACUACAGGUUUACUAAAGCGGAAAAGCAGUGGUGUAGGAGACAACGGCGAGGCCGCAAGCCCGGAGAGCUCUGAUAGUGACUACAGUAGUGGACAAACAUCAGCAUCUAAAAGAUUACACAUGGAAUCCCCGCUUCCCACGGUAAUUCCAAGCCCCACGGAUAUCCUUACUAGGGCAUUCCCUGGUGUAUCCCCCACUGUCCUAGAACAUGUGUUAAAGGGCUGCAAUGGAAAUGUUCUUCAAGCUAUUGAGGUCAUUGUGCAGUACAACGCCACAAAACCGCUGACAAACGGCAUAGUUGGUCAACAGAAUGUACUGCCGGCUCAAGCUUCACCUGACACGAUUCCCCAGGUCCCCCCUCAUGCGCAAGUUCCCACCCCUGGGUCCAUUCCCCCAAUUUUCAAGUUCAAUUACGUCAAUGGACAAUAUAGAUACCUUAUGCCACCAUCUUUGAUGCCACUGGCCUCGUACAUGAUGCCCACAACGAAUGGUUUAGGAGUUCCGUUUCCACAAUUUCCGGUCGACAUGCAAAAUCACCAUUUCAAGUCAGUGGAAAACACACCGGAAACGGAAGUAAAAAGCGAAAAUGGAAGUAGCGAGACGAAACCUGUUGUCAAUGGUUACCACACAGGUGUGUGUAAAGGCUGCGGUCAGGAUACGAAUCCAAAUGAAAAUCUCUGCUUAGCUUGCUCGGCUUCUUUCACAAGAAAAUGA